AUGAUUUUUGAGAUUUCAAAUUACUGUAAGGAUAUCAGUAAUUGUUUCAUAUCCUAGAAUAUAGAUCAAUCUUUGAAUGAAACAUUUUUGCUUGAAAAAAUUCAAUCCUUACAAGUAUUGUGACUAAUAUUAUAAUUUGAUAGGAUAGUUUGAAAGAAUUCGAUUUUUGGUUUAAAACACAAUUCAAUAAUGAAGAACUUUUGGUCAAUUACAUCUACACAGAGUUACUAGAAGUCAGAAAAAUUAAUAAAGUUGUGUAAUUUAAAAAAGUUGAUGAGAAAUCAUCAGAAGUCAAAGGCUUAAGUAUUGAUUCACAGAAGAGUGCAGAAACUUAAUCCAGCAUUUGUAGUGCAAUGUAGUAAAAUUAAACAUAGCUUUAGAACUAAUUAUAGAGCAUACACUAAAAAAUUAUAGAAGAAAGGAUCAUUAUUGAUGGAACUUCUCAAUAAUAAUAAAGAGGAACAAAUAAAUUAAUCCAACCUCUUAACUCCUCCUAAAUCUUAUUCACUUGAUAAGAUCUAUUACGUAAUUAAUUUUGAAAUUAAUUGCUUGAAACAAUAUGAAAUCACUGGAGAAGAGGAACUCCAAUUGUAAAAGAUUUAGGACAAAGAAGUGUUAAGAUGGAUUCUUGAAACUGUAUAAGCAAAAAAUCAUUACAAAUAAAUUUUACAAUGUUUGAUAAACUCUGCUUAGGAGUUAGCAAAUUAUUAGAUGGAAGACUUUACUUAAGCAUUUGAAAAAAUGAAUUGUUAAGGUUCUUCAUUAACUAAUGAUGAAUGUAAGAGAUCUAUAAGCAACUAGUCAUUUUAGAUGAAUUAAGAUGCGUUCAAAUAAUUGCUAGUAGAUAAAAUAAAAUAAAGUAUGUCUGAAUAAAACGAAAAACGAAAAAAGUAAAAGAAGGCGAUUAUAUCAAAUUAAUAUGACACUACAGAUUCAAAAGUUUGUAUGUGUUCAAUAUUUUGA